AUGCCUCCUCGUUCUCGGACAGCAUCCAGGCAGACAGAUUCUUUAGGGGGUGACCAGGCUCCUCAGCCCUCACCUACCAGCGGUAACACGAUCAGAGGCCGUGGACGAGGUCGUGGGGAACGACGUGGCCGAGGUAGAGGCCGGGGCCGUGGUUCGGGUCGCAGUGGAGUUGACUUUCAUGGUAGUACUCCGGCGAGAGAUAGGGACCAGCUGAUUAUUGACUCCUUGGCAAACAUCACAGUGCUGUUGACAAAUAUAGUUAAUUCUCAGAGACAGCCAGAGGCGCCAGGGGGUGUGAGCCCUGAUACCAGGGUUGGUGGCGGCACUAGAGAUGGCACCGAGGAUGGCACUAGAGGUGGCACUAGCGACGGUGCUGUGGCUGGUGGCGCUGCAGGUGUUGCCGUCGGCACUGGCGAUGCGGGCGAGACUAGGGGAUAG